GGUCGUUUGCAGGAUUAUCGACUGUCUCCUAUGAUAGCGUUCCAGAGGGAACAGGCCAGAGGCCAUAGGGGAUUGACCAUCUCGACAACACAGGCCAUAUAGUGCUUGAGCGUAUUAGGGCAACAGCAUCCGGAACCCCCUAUUGGCAGCAGAAUCGCUUUUCGCAACUUGUAACCGCAGCUCUCCGUCCAUCACCGCAUCGACUUUAUGCGAUCAACAAUAAUGUCGAAAGAAAUCCCUACGAUCGUCAAGGUAGACCCCAAGAAAGGAGCGAUCGGCCAGCAGGGUUUACACAACCGAUGGCACCCUCUCGUCCCCGCAUUCGCGACCGUCGAACCGGGCCAGGUCUUCCGGAUGGAAUGCGCCGAAUGGACAGGCGGACAGGUACUGAACACGGACAAUGCCGAUGAUAUCAAGAACCUCGACCUCUCCCAGAUCCACUACCUCUCGGGACCCAUCGCUGUCAAGGGAGCGAAACCCGGUGAUGCGCUCGUAGUCGAUAUCCUCGAUGUGACACCAUUUCCGGACCAUUCGUGGGGAUACAGCGGGAUCUUCGAAAAGGACAAUGGAGCAGGACUGUUCGCACAGGAGAUGGAUUCGAAGGCUGCCAAGGCGAUUUGGGACUUUGAAGGGAUCUACGCGACCAGCCGACACAUCCCCGGUGUCAGGUUUGCAGGAGUGUCGCAUCCUGGUCUGAUCGGAACAGCCCCCUCGCAAGAACUCCUCGACACCUGGAACAAACGCGAAGCCGCCCUAGAAUCUACCAACCUCGACAAAUGCUGCCCUAAAGCCCACCUCCCGCUCGCCAAGGGUACCUACGUCGGUUCCUCCUCCGACCUCUCCUCUGAGAUGUACGACAAGAUCGCCGCCGAAGGGGCCCGUACGAUCCCGCCCAGAGAACACGGUGGGAACUGUGAUAUCAAGAACCUCUCUAGGGGUAGUCGGUGUUACUUUCCCGUCUAUGUGGACGAGGCCAAGUUGUCCCUCGGCGAUCUGCACUUCAGUCAGGGGGACGGCGAGUUGACUUUUUGCGGAGCGAUCGAGAUGGCCGGGAUCAUCACCCUCAAAUGCGACAUUAUCAAGGGCGGAGUCGAAAAGUUUGCCUUGAAGCAACCGAUCUUUGUACCGGGACCCAUGGACCCGAUGUAUUCCCAGAAACUGGUCUUCGAGGGCAUUUCGGUCGACGUGAACGGCGAUGGAUCUCAGCAUCACCUAGAUGCCACUGUCGCUUUCAAGCAGGCGACGUACAGGACACUUGACUACCUCAUGCUGCUAGGGUAUACUCGAGAACAGGCGCUCUUGUUCCUGACCGCUGCACCGAUCGAUUGCCACGUCGCCUCCCUAGUCGACACUCCGAACGCCUGCGUGACAAUGGCCAUCCCGGUGGCCAUCUUUGACCGAGACAUCAUGCCUAACCCCGAGGGUCUCGAGAAGCGGGACUACGGGCAAUGUGCCAUUCGUUCGGAUGGGGUCAUCUAAGGGAACCUACAAUUGAAACUGAUCCAAAAGAGGGUUUCGGAUAUGUACGUAUAUCAUU